AAAGAAAUAAGAAGAAAACAAAACAUUUGAAAUAAUGGCUGAUGAAGAACAACCACAACUUUUGGCCGGACAUCCACCGGCAGUUAAGGCUGGUGGCAUGCGUAUUGUCCAACACAAAACCCACAACUCGGAACGUCCAGCCAAAGAUGCCGAAGAUUGUACAGGUUUGACGCAACCCGUCAGUGUCAAUACCAUGUCUGUGAGUGGUGCUCCUGUUAAAGGCAAUGUUGAUUAUACGACCGAAGCUGUACAGGUGGCCCAUACACCAAAACCACCAAAUCAUGUCUCCGUAAAACACCCCAUUAACAUUCAACAGCCUCGCAAGUGAAUUGGCUGGCUG